AGAGAGCUCUGGUUACACAAGGGGCAACACUGUUUUCCUAAAGAAAGGCUUGAUAGUGUUAUCUGGAGAGGAAUAGAUGUACAGUGCUUAUGUCCUGACAACUGAAAAGGGCAGUGUUAAAACCAGCAGUCAGUGCAACAUGUCUGCAGGGACAAACUGGAAAGAUGGACCAUGGAGGAAGGCUGAGAAUGGAGGUGGAAAAUCUAUAGAAUGAUUAUUCUUUUUUAAAAAAAAAUUAAAGAGGUGUCUAGGCUAGUGGAAGCCCAGGUGUGAGGAGGGAAAUGUGACUGCACGGAGGAGAGGAAGAGACACAGCGUGUGCAAGCGUGUGAGAGAAAUUGUAGGUGGGAGAAAUGAGGAAAGAAGUGGAAAGAGCAAAAGAGGAUUGUUAAAACUAUAAAGUGCAAAGAGUAUACCUCAAACGGAAGAAUACUAGACAGAGGAAUUUCAAGCAACAAGAGGAGACUCGGAAGCUGAUUCCCCUGCUGAGCAAAUAUGGGUGACUGGAGCUUCCUAGGAGAAUUCCUUGAGGAAGUCCACAAGCAUUCCACAGUGGUGGGGAAAGUCUGGUUGACUGUGCUCUUCAUCUUCCGGAUGCUUGUUCUGGGCACAGCAGCAGAGUCCUCGUGGGGUGAUGAACAGUCUGACUUCAUGUGCGACACCCGGCAGCCUGGUUGUGAGAAUGUCUGCUACGACAAAGCUUUCCCCAUUUCCCACAUCAGGUACUGGGUCCUUCAGAUUAUUUUUGUCUCCACCCCUUCCCUCUUGUACAUGGGCCAUGCAAUGCACACAGUGCGCAUGGAAGAGAAGAGGAAACUCAAGGAGGCCAAAGAAGGAACAAGGGCAAUCAAGAGCAACAGUGACUCUUUCCACCAGCAGCAGUACCCAGUAGCAGAGAAGGCUGAGCUCUCCUGUUGGGAUGAGCCAAAUGGGAGAAUCAUUCUUCAGGGUACUUUGUUGAACACCUAUGUCUGCAGCAUUUUAAUCCGCACCGCCAUGGAGGUAGCCUUCAUAGUUGGGCAGUACAUGCUCUAUGGGAUCUUUCUGGAGACCCUCUACAUCUGUCAACGGCAGCCUUGCCCCCAUGCAGUCAACUGCUACGUUUCUCGGCCGACAGAGAAGAACAUCUUUAUCGUUUUCAUGCUUGCUGUAGCAGCGCUCUCCCUCUUCUUGAGCCUGGCCGAACUGUACCACUUGGGAUGGAAAAAAGCCAAGGAUAAGUUUUCUGGUUCUUGCAAAAGCAACCCUGGCCCAGGCACUGACAGUCUGGAGGCAGACUCCCCAGGGAAGAUCACACAAAGUUGUACCCCUCCUCCAGAUUUUAACCAGUGUUUAGCCAACCCUAGUGGGAAGUAUAUCAGCCCCUUCAGUAAUAAAAUGGCCUCUCAGCAGAACACGGCCAACUUUGCGACAGAGAGGGUUCACAACCAAGAGGAUUCAGUUGGAGAAAGUCAGUUCAUCCAAGUUAACUAUACACAGAAUCCUGAAACCAGCAAUAGCUCUGCACCCAGCCUGCUACCCAAUGGCUACUUACAUGACAAACGCAGGCUCAGCAAAACCAGCCGUACCAGCAGUAAGGCCAGGUCUGAUGACCUCUCAGUGUGAACUGCCUUCUAAAGGGGGUGGGGCUAAAGGCAGGAAGGACUCUCAGUUUCUCCAAAUACACCCACAGUUUAGCUUUGAAAUCCUGACACUCAGAACUCCUAUUCAAUUCUGUUGAACUCACUUCAAAUGAAUGGCAUGACAUAUUCCAAAAGGUUUAUUUGAAAACUUGUUUUAUAUGUAGAGCAAAACCCUGCUCAGAAAGGCAAAUGAUAACACUGAAAGUAAAUAAUUUAAAAUAAAAAAUAAACAAGUGUUGGUCAAUAGAAGGGACACAUGGCAUUCUCAUGAGGAGCUUGAGGCAAGAUCUACUCAAAGCAUAUAUAGCCCAACAAACUUAAACUAGUGGAACCAUUAUGACCUGCAAAAGUACCUUGGGAACUGUCGUUUUUGACAGUGCUGGGAAGUAUUCCUUGUGUGCCCCAAGCACUUUCACAGAAGCACUUUCACAGAACUCCAUUUCUCAUGGUUUCUUGAUUGGGAACCAUGACAGCUGCAAUUUCUAGUGGUUCAUAUUAGUGUACACAAGCCCUCAGUAGCAAACCAGCAGACAAUAACCAUUGGCCUAUUUAAUAGGCCAGUUAUGAACCCAUAAUUUCUAUCUUCUUAGAUAAAGAUCAAGCACUGUCAUGUUGAACGAAACCUCUACUUCAAAGAUGAGGCUGGCAGGGCUGGCAUAAUGCCAAUGGGUUCUGCUUAUGUUACUCCUUAUUUGAAAUCAUUCCCAACGAUUUUGGAAGUACAUCGAGGGGCAGCUACACCUGGAAAAGUUAAAUAUCCGGUUACAGUACCAAUACAAAUGCUCUUUAUUUCUCCUCAUCUCUCUGCUGGGGCCCCCACACUGUACCAGCUCACCAUACUUAUGCCAAUUAAAUGUGCAAUGACUUCUACUUGAAUUUUUGACAUGUUUAUAUGUCUGUAUGUAACUACUUAACAUUUUGUAUAGCCUCACAGCUCUAAAACAAAAACAAAAAAACCUCUGGCUCAGUAAAAUAGUAACUGAAGAUAAUUAUUAGAGUUGUUUCAACAGAAAUAUUCACUCGAUGGAAACAAUAUUUCCCAUGGAAAAUAAUCCUCUCGUAGAAACAUGAAGUGACCCUGUGUGGGGAGGCACAUUCAUUUUUGCUAUUGUUCUAUUUUGUACUUCUUAUUCCAUUCUUAAUUUCAAAAUAUGUGUUAUUGGGUAGGAUAACCUGUCAAUCAGGCGCAAUCUAGCGCAACAAAAGUGAAAUGCAGUUUCAAGUUUGAAAGCAAAGCAAGUUUGAAAGCCAAGCAAAAGUCAACGUGCGGCUAAACAGUCAGUACUGCAGGGCAGAAGCACUGACCAAAGUGGAUCUCAAACAGGGAUCAGGCACUGUUUGGACAGCUAGAGAAGGAGCCAAGAGAGUGUCGUAGCAACCAAAUCACAGCACCAGAGUCAAGGAAUAGGGAUUUGGCCAAGCCGAGCAAUUUAUAUAACACAAUUUAUAGAAAGCACACAAGUCCAAUCAGAGCUACAGGAAAUUCAGUUAUCAUGUGACGGCUUGAAUUGUAAGUUUCUAUGACUUCUGUAGUCUUCUGAAGUCCUCUCACAGUAGAAAACUGUUUCUAGACUUGAAGUACCUGACCUCAUGCCCCCAUGGGUGCCAGCGCUUAACAAAGGUGCCAGUUAAACAGUCUAGGAACGGAAGACCCUUACAUGACCACUUAGUGUGAGAAUAUUAUCUUGUGAUGAGUGCUAGGCUUGACAGACACUUAUUCCUAAAGAAACCAACAAACCUUCCUUUUUAUUUUCCUACCAUACAGUUCAGACUGUAUGGUUGUUUUUGUCCAGCUGGUGAUGAGUACAGUACAACUAAAUAAGCCUUGUAGACUGCUCAGAUGGCACAGAGAUAGGAUGAGGAUCAGAUUGCUUAUUACGGAACUAAGAUAAGGGAAUUCAUUUUGUCUCCCUAUUUUAGGGAGAGAGUAGCCCAGUAACAAUGCACCACACCUCCUUUUUCAAAAUAUGUUUUAUAUAAUGUUAUAUUUGUUGCUCAUAUUAUGGGAGAAGAAGGGGACAGUUGCCCUCACUACUUUAAAGGGCAAUCUUACAAGUGGGCAUUGCUUGGGCAUAAAAAUAGAGGCAAUGACACCUGAUGUGUUUAUGGUGUGAUGGGAGACAGGGCAAGUCUGUGUUUAAAACUUCUGAUCAUGAUGGUCUCCAUUUCCCCAUAAUUUAAGCACUGUUGUGUCAUUUUAGUUAGGCAGAGGGUGGGGAGGUGCAUGUUCUCUUCUCAAGAUGUUUUGGAUAAUGUACAGUGCUUUGUUUUGUUUUAUUAAAGUUUGGUCUGGAACUCC